CUAGUAGACGGGACGCUCCUUCAACAACAACAGCUAGUCAGACACCUCGGUAGGGUUCUAGCAAGCAUAGCUACAACAUUCACGUUCUUUACACUGUUUUGGUGUAUAUUAGUCACUGUGUAUUAAACACACUUCUGUUGUAUGUACUUGUUGGCCCAUUUAAUUAUAUAUGUACGUUUGUCAGCUAGCUGGUUUGCUAAGUUAGCUUAGAACUAAGCUAAUCGCUAAUGCUAGCUAGCUAACAUCCCCGACCAUGAGUUCACUAAGCUACUCUCCUCCUGAUAAAGAAGAGGCGGUCUGCUGGACGGAGAAAGAAGCUCUUGUCAAAGAGGAGGAGGAAGAGGAGGAUGUUACAAUACAAAAACAAGUAGAGGGUGAGGCUGUUACAGUGAAAGAAGAAGAGAAAGACGUUUCAGUGAAAGAAGAGGAAGACGCGUUCCGAGUGAAAGAGGAGGUUGUUACACUAAAAGAAGAGGAGGAUUCCGUUUUUGGAGUGAAGAAGGAAGGGGAGAUGACUGUCACAUCGAAAAAGGAGGAGGAAGAGGAGGAAACUGGAUAUCUGAGCCCGGUUUCCCAAACGCAUAUUGAGACAUUCAAUGGUUCUUACGAUGAACGGGCCCUGAUUAACACUAGAGAGAGAGGUGACUAUCGUGGAUCUUCUGGGGAUCCUCAACAGCAACAUGAUGCUGACGAGGCAGAGAAAAGUCUAUCCAGAUCAGGACUCCUCAAGAAACACCAGCAGAGACCCACAGGGAAGAAAUCUUACUGCAAAUCGACAUCAGAACUUAAAAUACACCAGCGUGUACACACUGGAGAGACAUCUCACUGCAGCUCUGACUGUGGGAAAAGAGUCACCUCUUCAGUAGACCUUAAAAUACACCAGAGAACACACACAGUAGAGAAAUCUUAUGUCUGUGAUCAAUGUGGGAAGAGUUUUACUGAGUCACGCAUCCUGAAAUCACACCAGAGAACACACACAGGAGAGAAAUCUUAUGGCUGUGAUCAAUGUGGGAAGAGAUUUACUCAACCAGACAGCCUGAUAGUGCACCAGAGAAUACACACAGGAGAGAAACCUUACAGCUGUUGUCAAUGUGGGAAGAGUUUUACUACAUCUAGCCAUCUAAUUGUACACCAGAGAACACACACAGGAGAGAAACCUUACGGCUGUGAUGAAUGUGGGAAGAAAUUUACUGCGUCAAAUGCCUUGACAGUGCACCAGAGAGUACACACAGGAGAGAAACCUUAUAGCUGUAGUCAAUGUGGGAAGAGUUUUACUCAACCAGACAGCCUGAUAGUGCACCAGAGAAUACACACAGGAGAGAAACCUUAUAUCUGUUAUCAAUGUGGGAAGAGUUGUACUACAUCUAGCCAUCUAAUUGUACACCAGAGAACACACACAGGAGAGAAAGCUUUUAGCUGUGAUCAAUGUGGGAAGAGUUUUGGUACAUCUAGCCAUCUAAUUGUACACCAUAGAACCCACACAGGAGAGAAACCUUAUAGCUGUGGUCAAUGUGGGAAGAGUUUUGGUCAAUCUGGCCAUCUGACAGUGCACCAGAGAAGACACACAGGAGAGAAACCUUAUAGCUGUGGUCAAUGUGGGAAGAGUUUUGGUCAAUCUGGCCAUCUGACAGUGCACCAGAGAAGACACACAGGAGAUAAACCUUAUAGCUGUAGUCAAUGUGGGAAAAGUUUUGGUACAUCUAGCUAUCUGACUAUACACCAGAGAACACAUACAGGGGAGAAACUUUAUAGCUGUGAUCAAUGUGACAAGAAAUUCUCUGAUAAAAGACAUCUGAUCAAACAUCAGAAAAUACACACAUGAAGGAAUUGUUUCAUGAUAUCAAUUAAAUAUCCCACCUAGCAAAAUGUAAUUGAAAAGAAGACUAUGCUCGAAGACUAUGCUCGAAGUCCAGCCAGUUCGAUAGUAGUUGAAAGUUGAAAAUAUGUAUUUUCGGGUCAUUUUUUUCAAUGACUUGAAAACAACUUAAUUUCAAAGUACUUGGAGCCUAUACACAUGGACGCAGUAUAAUAAAUUGCUUUAUAAUCAAUUUUAUUAACAAUCUUACAUCACUCCAGUAUUUAUUGACAACAUUCAAGUGCUAAUUGUCUUUAUUCCACUACUGAAGAAGCAUGACUCAAAUCACCUCAUAUUUCAAACAUCCAGCCUGACAAAAGAUACAUGUUUUAUUAUUCCAUGCCUCACCAUUAAGUGAAUUAUUGCCAUUACAUAUUUGGUUUUGAUAUUUCAUAUUUUACAAUUCAUGUAACAUUUAGUAAUAAUUAUUUAUGAAACCAACUGACAAUUUUUGGGUACAAUUAUAUUGACAUUGUUACCCUGCUUUCGUAAUGUCAGGGUUAAUUCUCAGAUGUGCCAACCCAAAUCUACUAGAUGAACAUUGGGGACUGGACCCCGAUCCAACAACAUGCCUAUUGAGUGAACCCUGAAAAGAGAGAGAAGCUACACAGUGAGGUGGAAAGUUACUACGGAUAUCGCAGGAGUUUCCUCUUGAAAUCAGACAUGUCUGUGGUAAGGACAACUUGGUUGCUGAUUGUCUCAAGGGUUGGCAGUCAAAAAUAUUUGUGUUGUGCAUUUAACCAGUGUGUUACCAUGGAUCACAAUUUAUUUUGACACGCUUUUCCGUGUUGGAGAUUAGUUUUAUCUCUUAUUCUUUUCUGUAUUUUUUGGAAACUGCACUGUUGGUUAGGGGCUCGUAAGUAAGAGUUCCAGUGUUGUAUCCGGCGCAUGUGACUAAUACGAUUUGAGUUUAGUUUGGACUAGAAGCUAGUGAGUUUUAGGAUUCUAUGGAAAGAAAAAGGAUAAAAAAUUAUAUGAUUGUAUAUUAUUAUUUAGAAAUGUGUUUUUUUCUUGUUUUUAAUUGUUGACAGCCAGUUGAUACUAUGUUUAUAUUGUAGAAGGUGAAGCUUUGUAGUUGAUUAUAAUGAGAAAUGGAAGUUGUUUUUUGUUGGUGGUGAGCAAACUUGUCCAACAAAAAUAUAGGAUAUAUUGGUUGUCUUAAAGGGGAAGGUGUUACAGGCUUUGGUUUUUUCGUUUAUAUUUUGAGGUUGGACGUUAGAGCGUAGGAGAGGGGGAUACCGAGUCAUUCAUUUGAAUGCAAUCAAAUGAAAUGUGUCUUCGGUGCACUGAUUGGUGUCACCUCGUUAGUCAGUAUGUGUUACACCUGUCCUGGCUUGUCCAGCUCAUUAGUGGGAAGGUGUUUCACCUGAGCUGGUCCAGGUUCUAUUUAAGUGUCUGGCCCAGUGCUCCAGUUGUCUUGAUAGAUGUGGAGAGUCGCCACCUUUUUGGUUUGCGUCCUGUCUUUAAGUUUGGUGUGUGUUUUCCUUGCGUUUGCCUCUUCUUGGGCAGAUUUAGUGAGUCUCGUUGUGGGUGUCUUUUGGGUCCCAGUUGUUGUUACUAGUCAACUUUCAGUGGACACUGUGAGUGUCUUUCAGAACCCCUUAUAUUUGGGGGUUGGAUAUUGCAUCCAAUUAAUAUUUUAAUCAAUUGCAUUUCCUCAUUAGUCAUUCAUUUGUCAGUCUUCUAUUUUUUUAUCCUCAUGUUUGUGUACUAAAUAUUUAUUUUCAUUGUUUUUUAUUUGUUUUUUUCCGUUGUGUUGUAUCCUGUCUGAAAUGUGCUGUAUAAAUAAAGCUUGAUUUGAACAAAUUAACCCAAUGAACAAU